AUGGAUGUUCAGUUGCGUGAUGAGGCCGCGCAGGAUCGCGUGCGGGCCGCCACCGAGUUUCUUGAUCCCGGCGAUGCACGGGCACGCAGUUAUCGUGCCGAGAUCGUGGUGAUGCUGAAUCGGGGGUUGCGACGUCUCACUGUCAGCAUCGAUGAAAUCCGAGCACACAAUCGCGAACUUGCCGAAGGCCUUGUCACCGCCCCUUUCGAUUACUCGCAGGCCUUCGACCGGGCCCUCAAAGAUGUUGUCAAAUCUCUGCCGAACAGGCCAAGCAAGGAGACAGCAGAUGAAGUGGGCUACUACUGUGCCUACGUUGGAGCCUUCGGUGAAUUUUCUUGCAACCCCCGUACAUUGGGAUCUCAACACUUGAACCACAUGGUAUCCCUCGAGGGUAUUGUGACAAAAUGCUCUCUGGUUCGACCAAAGGUCAUCCAGAGUGUGCACUACAGCGAGAAGAAGGACCGUUUCCUGUCGAGAAAAUACCGUGAUCAGACUAUGACUGCGAGUGGUGCAACAAGCUUGAAUGUCUACCCCCAGGAAGACGAUGAAAAGAACCCGCUCAUUACCGAGUACGGCUACUCGACCUACAUGGAUCAUCAAAGUAUCUCAAUCCAAGAAAUGCCCGAGCGGGCUCCAGCCGGUCAGCUGCCCCGCAGUGUCGAUGUUAUUCUCGAUGACGAUCUGGUCGAUAAAGCCAAGCCCGGUGACAGAAUCCAGCUUGUUGGUAUCUACCGUACCCUGGGUAACCGCAAUGCCGGCUCUGGAUCUUCCACCUUCCGUACCGUGGUGAUGGCCAACAACAUUAUUCAACUCUCCUCAAAGUCUGGCGGCGGUAUCGCGCAGGCCACUAUCACCGACACCGAUAUUCGAAACAUUAAUAAGGUCGCUAAGAAGAAGAAUGUCUUCGAGUUGCUGUCCACUUCGCUGGCACCCAGUAUUCACGGACAUGAUCAUAUCAAGAAAGCUAUUCUACUCAUGUUGCUUGGUGGUAUGGAGAAAAAUUUGGACAACGGUACUCACCUUCGUGGUGACAUCAACAUCCUCAUGGUUGGUGAUCCGUCCACCGCCAAGUCUCAAUUGCUUCGUUUCGUGUUGAACACUGCUCCGCUGGCCAUUGCCACGACCGGUCGAGGAUCUUCCGGUGUUGGUUUGACUGCUGCGGUGACAUCUGACAAGGAGACUGGCGAGCGUCGUUUGGAAGCUGGUGCCAUGGUACUGGGUGAUCGUGGUGUAGUGUGUAUUGAUGAGUUCGACAAAAUGAGUGAUGUCGACCGUGUUGCAAUCCACGAAGUCAUGGAACAGCAGACUGUCACGAUUGCUAAGGCUGGUAUCCACACAAGUCUGAACGCCCGAUGCAGUGUCCUAGCUGCCGCCAACCCUGUCUAUGGACAAUAUGAUCCGCACAAGGACCCGCACAAGAACAUCGCUCUUCCCGAUUCUCUUCUCUCCCGUUUCGAUUUGCUGUUUGUUGUAACCGAUGACAUCGAAGACGCCAAGGAUCGUACUAUCUCGGAGCACGUUCUGCGCAUGCACCGUUACCGCCAGCCCGGAACCGAGGAAGGUGCACCUGUUCGAGAGCAGCUUAACCAGACUCUGGGGGUGGGCAUUGAGGAUCGCCAAGAUGCCAACCAGCCCACAGAGGUUUUUGAAAAAUUCAACGUCAUGCUUCACGGUGGCAUGGUCCCCGCCGGCCGCAGCACCGGCCGCAACAAAAACGUGGAGAUUAUCAGCAUUCCCUUCAUCAAGAAGUACAUCCAGUACGCCAAGUCCCGAGUCAAGCCCGUCCUGACCAAGGGUGCUGCCGAUCACAUCAUUGCCACUUACUCGGCUCUGCGAAACGACGACCUCUCGGGCAACCAGCGCCGCACUUCUCCCAUCACACCGCGUACCCUCGAGACGCUGAUUCGUCUAUCCACUGCCCAUGCCAAGGCCCGUCUGUCGAAUCGUGUUGAUGAGAAGGAUGCCAAGCACGCCGAAGCCAUUUUGCGCUUCGCCAUGUUCAAGGAAGUUGUUGAGGUUGGCCGUCGCAAGAGACGUAAGGUUACAAUAUUCGAUGAGGACUCCGAUGACGAGAGCGAUCCCGAUCUCGACGACGAGGAGGAAGAAGAGAGCACGGCCCGCGGUACAUCAACCGCCACUCCCGGCCGGGCUGGAAUACGAUCCCAAGCUGCCGCCAGCUCUACAGUUCCAGAUGACGACCCUGAUAGUCUGUACACAGCCAGCCCGCGUGCCCAACGCACACGGUCCAGCCAGAAUACUCGGACCCAGACACAGAGCGAGUCCCAGAUGUCCGUGGCAUCAUCUCAACCGGCCUCGCAACUCGUGCAGUCCCAAACCGAUGACUCGCAGUCUACUGCUGCAUCGGCUCACCCCAUCACUCCAGCUCGUAUGACCGUCUUCCGUCAGACACUGGGUCCUUUGAUGACUCGUGUCUUCACUGAGGGCGACGAGGUCCCUGUCAACGAUCUGAUCGAAGCUGUCAACACAGCCAUCCGCGCAUCCCCUACUCUGGGCGCAGCCCAUGUCUUCUCGCAGCCCGAGGCUCGCCAAGCCCUGACCGUAAUGAAUGAAGAGAACCUUUUGAUGUACCUCGGAGGCGAAGACGAAAGUGUCUACCGGAUUUAG